GAGUCGUCUGUCUUCAAGAAUCACAGAGGAUGCAGAUAAGUCCUCUUCAAGUGUCAACGGACAGGUAAUGAGAAGUUCCUCCCGAAGAACCGAUACCGUUCAGAGGGAAGAAGAGUUUUCUGCCCGUGGAAAGUUGAAGGGGCUGAAAAAAAUCGGGACCAACUUGUUUGGUGUUGGUGCAAACAAGGCGGAGGUCAACAAACAAUUGCAAACUGCCAAAGAGUCCAUGACAGUUGACGGUUCACAAGACGCGAAAUCCACGGAAGUCGAAGAAGACGAUGACGAGGAGUUAGAAGAAGAGUCAGUGGGGAAAAUUUUGUUGAAUAACCUGACCGAGAAUCUUGCAGAUGCUGCAAGUCAAGCAUCUUCCACAAUCACAGGGCUCUUGCGAACACCGAAGCGUUUUGCACGCACUGUGGUCACCGAGCUUAAAUCAGAGUCCUCAUCCAAAACAAGCGACCUGCCAGGUGCCAACACGCCACCAUCGGACUCCAGGUCUCCAAACCGACUGGGUUCUGAUUUACAUCAAAUUCGUCCUCUUGGAUUGCCUCAUAAAACACCAGAGCAAAAUUCAGGCGACCAAGCCUUUCUGCGCGAUGUUGUCGCUUGGGUUGUUGGUGGCCGCAGCUUGAGCAGCACAACCAAAGAACGCCUGCGUGAACUUUUGAGUGAUGAAAACUAUCGGAGUUACCUGAUGUCCAAGCUAAAUUUCGGCUUAGAUCAACAGAUAGUCGAUCCCGGAGCUGGUCUGAAAGACGUGGAAGUGCAAAACCAGAAUGUAUUCGAUACGUUCGUUUCGGUGCUUCACUGCAUGGUCCGUGGUCUUGAGGCCACUUGUACCAAUCACGGGAUUGGUGGUUUGGCUAGUGCAAUGUUGAUGUUGGAAGUUUGUCACACACAUUACCUCGAACAGCAUCCGAAGCGUCGCCAAACCGCUGAAAUCGAAAAAAAGGUGAAUGUAUUUUGCAAACUUUUAUGGUUCCACAGAAUAAGGAGACGAAUGCAACUAGAGGAUCAGUUGGAGAAGGUGACGAUAAUCUGGUUAAUGCGCUCACCGGUUGGUUCCGGACAACGGCAAAGGAAUUGCGACCAAAAAAUAAAGGUGAGCACACAACUUGGCCUUGCUCAAGAUGCAUUAUUCCAAAAAAAUCGUGCAAAAUUGGACAAAGCCUUUCUAUUUCUUUCAGAUCAAGGUCUAGGUGAUAAGCUGACUGGCCGUGUGACCGGACUCUUUUCUCGGGCCAACCGUCUAUUUUCUGCAAACGAAAAUGAGCUCAUCGCAGAUGAACAUGAAAAGAGUCCUAGAGUGAAUAGACCAUCCGUUCAGACCUCUCAGGAACAGUCAGGCGAAAAUCGUACGAGAACUUCUUCCGCCAGCAGUUAUACGCAAGACAGCUUGGUAUCCGCCGACGUCUUUGGGAGCCCUGCGUCUAAAGAAAAAGUGGCAAGUCCAACCCCGACAAAAAAGUACUUCUUCGUGAACGGACAAUUGGUCCAGGAGAACUGCUCCCCAUCGGACAAUACCAUGCAACCACGCACUUAUCUUUACGAAAUGCUCAUAAAAAACAAGCAGCGUUCUCUUCUGUGGGACCACAUGCAGUUCUGGGAAGACAUGUUCUUUGACGUGGUCGCACAAGAAAGAGAUAUAUU